CACCAGUUGCGAUCUUUUUUCAUACAAUUUUGCUUCUCAAAACUGAAGCAUUCGUUCAACUUAGACUAGUUUUUUGCUUGAAACUACUUUUCCAUCAUGAGAGAGGUCAUUUCAGUGCACGUGGGCCAGGCGGGUUGCCAGAUCGGGAAUGCAUGUUGGGAGCUGUACUGUCUGGAACAUGGCAUACACCCGGAUGGACAGAUGCCCAGCGACGCCACCGUCGGUUUUGGAGACGACUCGUUUAACACGUUCUUCUCUGAGACUAGUUCGGGUAAGCAUGUACCUCGGGCGGUGUUCGCCGACUUGGAGCCGAGUGUGGUGGACGAGACGAGAGGCGGCACAUACAGACAUCUGUUCCACCCGGAACAACUCAUCACCGGCAAGGAGGACGCCGCAAACAACUAUGCCAGGGGCCACUAUACUGCUGGCAAGGAGAUCAUAGACAUGGUGAUGGACAAACUGAGGAAGCUGGCAGACCAGUGCACUGGACUCCAAGGAUUCCUCAUCUUCCACUCCUUUGGAGGAGGAACUGGGUCCGGGUUCGGCUCUCUGCUCAUGGAACGCCUUUCAGUCGAGUACGGCAAGAAGUCUAAGCUCGAGUUCGCUGUCUACCCGGCGCCACGGAUCUCGACUGCUGUCGUGGAACCCUAUAACACUGUCUUGAGUACCCACACGACUCUGGAGCACUCAGAUUGCUGUUUCAUGGUCGACAAUGAGGCCAUAUACGAGAUAUGUCAUCGAAACUUGGACAUCCCUAGACCCUCGUACACGAACUUGAACCGACUUGUUGGCCAGAUUGUGAGUUCAAUUACUGCAUCAUUGCGAUUUGACGGAGCUUUGAACGUGGACUUGACCGAGUUCCAGACAAACUUGGUUCCCUACCCAAGGAUCCACUUUCCACUUGCGACGUUCGCUCCUGUGAUUUCAGCCGAGAAAGCUUUUCACGAGCAGCUGACAGUUGCCGAGAUCACGAGCGCGUGCUUUGACCCGAUGAACCAGAUGGUUAAAUGUGACCCGAGACACGGAAAGUAUAUGGCAUGUUGCAUGUUGUACCGAGGCGAUGUUGUUCCUAAAGAUGUGAACGCAGCCAUUGCAGCUAUUAAAAAGAAGACCCAGAUCCAAUUUGUAGACUGGUGUCCCACUGGGUUCAAAGUGGGCAUCAACUACCAGCCGCCAACCAUGGUUCCAGGAGGUGAUCUGGCGAAAGUGAAACGAUCAGUGUGCAUGUUGAGCAACACCACCGCCAUCUCAGAGGCAUGGGCCAGACUGGACCACAAGUUCGACCUCAUGUAUGCCAAGCGGGCAUUCGUCCACUGGUUCGUGGGGGAGGGGAUGGAGGAAGGCGAAUUCGCCGAGGCCCGGGAGGACUUGGCUGCCCUGGAAAAGGACUACGAGGAAGUGGGGAUAGACUCCGUGAAUGACGACGACGAUCAGGCACCUGGUCCAGACCAAUCGGAUGAUUUCUAAUUCCAAGAGGACUUCUCCAAGAUGCCAAAG